CAGUCAGCGACACAGCCUGAGGAGGACCUAAAGAGUAUCCUGAGAGUUUGUGGAGCGAUCGGUCAUGAUGUCUGAUUCCAGGGUGUCCUCCGUCAUCCAGGAGUGGGUGAGCUCCUUCCCAGGUCAGGCGCACAGCCAGACACUGAAUUCUGUUGCUUCCAACUCGGCUGCUUCCACCAAUCAGAUGACGCAGAUGGACAUGAUCUCGUACGGCCAGUCUCAGGGGAUGAUAAGGGGGGGUGGCGAUGACAGAGGGGCCGAGCAGAUGAUGGGACUAUCGUACCUGCCGUACCCGCCGUCCUGCCUUGGCAGCGCCGCCAGCGCGGUGAGCACAAACCACCACCAGAGCCACGCCAGCACUCAGCAGGACUUCUCCCCCUUCCUCCUGCCCACUCUGCGGGCCCCGGUGACCAAGAGGAGCAUCAGCAAGGAUAGCGCAGAGUACCGCCUGAGGCGUGAGAGAAACAACAUCGCGGUGAGGAAGAGCAGGGACAAAGCCCGCAGGAGGAUCCAGAUGACCCAGCAGAGGGCCGGCCAGCUGCAGGAGGAAAACCAGAAGCUGCAGAUGAGGAUAGCACAGCUGACACAGGAGCUGGACACUCUGAAACACAUCCUGUCACAGCGGCACCUGCAGGCCGCCGAGGAGGGAGCAGCCGGGCAGUCCAGCAUCUGAGCACAGCCCGAAGCCUCGUUUGUGCCUGAUGUUAACGCCUGAUUACAGGCUUCACAGUGUGCCUCAGUAAGGCCUGCGAGACUCACAGUGAAGCACCUGUUCGAGCAUUUUCACCAACAAACAUUUGUGAUCACGACAAAGUCACCUAGAGGAAGUAAUGCCGGGUAUAAAAGUGGUUAACUGUAGUUUUAUAUCGUAAAGGAAACUGUAGCUUACUGGCAGUGUUGUAGCUACUAUUUAGUACACUGAUGUCCACAUUUUUAAUUGUUCUCUUACCCCCAAACUUUACAUUUCUGCACCUCACAUGUUGAGCGUAAAAGAUUCAAAAUGGCAAAAUGAACACUUCCAAUCUGCUGAGAGUUUUGACACACUCUGACACAUUCAGCGUCACACAAAAGGAGCACUGCGUUAAAUGUAGCUUCUCAUGACAAGCACCCAAGAUUAUCUGCUGAAAUAGACUAACGCCUUCAGACAACUUGUGUUGUGAUAUAUAAAUAAAAUGAACUGAAGUGAAUUGAAAUGACCGCUGCAGGAGGUGGCCUUUAUGAUCUGUAUGUAACUAAUGCUAACCCGAUGCUACUGUUAAAGUGCAUCCUGUCGUACUUUUGGUAGCUAAGCUAAGCGUUAGUUAGCUAAACGUUACCAAACCUUUGCUUUAAAAUGAGAGUUUAUGGGGUUGUAAAGGCUAAUAAUAAUAAUAAUAAUAAUGAUGAUGAUAAUAAUAAUA